AAACCUUUUUGUCAUGCGCGCAACAGACAGAGAAAACAACCAUACAACUUCAGUGGGGAUCUUGACUUGCGUGCUGGAAUAAACAAGCAGAGUUCGCUUUUACGAUGCCAACACAUCAAGGAAUUAGGCUGUUUCUAGUUUAAUAGAAUGCGUCUAUGGACUGUAAUAUGUGUUGGUUAUCUCCUCACUCAAACGACCAGUCGGGGAUAUUGCUGUCAUGAUUGCGAAAUGCACCUUCACUAACGCAGUCAAUAGCCUGAGAUUGUUAUUACUUGCCACGGUUUGCAGUCUCCCUGCAUGUGUGAAUGGAGCAGAGAUUUCUACCGAAUGCAGGACGAUUAUAAUUGCAUCUGUUCUGGGAACGUUGGCCGCCUGUACAGCCGUAUCGAUUGGACUCCUUAUUUACGUUUGCCGACGAGCCAGGAACAAUGCUAUGCGUGAGUCACAGCGGAAGAUGGUCACUGAAGAAUGCGAUGGAGCUCUUCACUUUCGCAAUGAAAUGUCACUGCAACAAGGCCCGGAUGAAUCAGACUCAGGUGGCGAAAGAUCUUCAUCGCCAAACAGAGACGACAUGACCUCGGAUUCGAAAGACGCGCAUUAUAGAACCGUUUCAGUACCAAGAGGCAAUGUCUCGGACAUGAGUACACAAACCGGCGAGGAUCCGCUCACUAGAGCCAAGCAUCAACUAGCUGUUUUAGAAAAACGACAAGAUGGCGGGACAGGCCUAGGGUUGGCUGUCGCUGGUCUCUAUGUGAAAACAGUUUGCAGCGAUCUCAUUCUACGUUCUGGAUGUAGUGUUGAACCAGGUGAUGAAAUUUUGUCGAUCAAUGGACAGCAAGUUGAAGGGAUGUCUGAUGUGGAAGCCCUUGCGCUGUUGACGAAAUCAGGACCUACGGUGUUACUUGAAAUUGUAAAGAAGUCUUUUAUUGACAGAGUUCAUGAUAGAAAUGAUCCAUGCCAGCAACUCGACAUGAAGAAGAGGUCAAGAGUUAGCUCCCCACAGCCGACCAUUUCUAACAAGGCUGAAUGGAAGAAAGCAAGAAUAGAAAUGGAUGCAGCACUGACGGAACUAAGAAGAUCUAUAACUAGGUCACAUAGCGGCAUGUCUAAGACACGCGAGAACUCGAGUCCAAGCCAGUCCCUUACUAACUCAGUUGAAGUGCAGGACCCCAUUGUCGAGGAGGAGUUUGUUGUAAUCGAAAGUGAGGCUGUACUCGAUUUGCAAGGCGAAACUGCUGACAUAUCAGCAAACAGUGUUACAGAACUUGCAAAAGAUGAAGAUCGAUUAGCAGAAAAACUCCGAAAUUGCGAUGAGAACGAAAAUAUUGUUCCAUUAAGAAGACGAACUAGAUCAGAUUUGGGCGUUCCGUUGUCUAAUGCGAUCGGUAAAGUGAGUCCAGUGGACCGAAAAGCAAUUCAAUUAAGUGAAGUGCAAAGCAACAACUCAAAGCAGUCUGAUGCAAAAAUCGGUGGUAACAGCCCAAGCUCACAAGGAAGUACUGCAGACAAGCAAUAUACAAAGAAUGGACUUUUUCUAUCUCUUAAUGCAGUGAUGUACCCUUCAAAAAAGUGUCCGGUAGGCGAUCGAACAAAAGAUUUUACGAGUCCAUCACCAUCUAAAUCUUCGUCAAUGCCAGCUGAAAUUGUGAGCAGGGAUAUUUUAGUGAGUGCGAAUCACAGAAACUCUUACUACUCGCUCGAUAAUGACGCAAUGACUUCAGCCCAAUAUACAUUUCCUAACACUCCGCAAUUAACAGUGGUCCCUAGUUACGAUCUUGACAAAAUCAAACCACCUCCUUGUUACGAAGUAGCCUCUCAGAUUUUCAACAGCCAGAAACCAGCAGGGAAAUUAGGGUUAAAUGAUAUUUCUCUUGACAGUGAGGGUCAUCGUAGUGACAGCAUGGAAUCUCAACUGAGCUAUCAAAGUUUGUUAAAUGGUUUCUCGUCCCAACACUCAUCAUUUGAUGAGGUGGAUGCUAUUUUACCAACCAUUAUCUCUAAAAAUGGCAGAGAGCAAGUUGCGAUAGAUGAACAUGUGAUGAGAUAUAUGACAAAGAAGUACAGCGAACCGAGGAUGUCAACACAAGUGACCCGAAGCCCAACGUCAGUUUCUCCUAGCAAUCCUGCAAGGUUAAGUACAACAGUACCAGCAUCUAUGUCUUAUAGAAGAUCGCCAGUGCCGUCCAUAGAGCGUUCACUGUCCAUUCCGACGCCGUAUACCACUGACAGAAAAGUAGUUAACGAUGAAUUUCAUAUUAGUGCAGAACAUCAGGCCAGUCCUCUGAGCUCUUCUAUGUCACAACUAGCACCCUCGUCGUCAAUCCAGCCUGUUUCUUUAAGCGAAGCAAGGGAAAACGCUACAAAGAUUCAGCCACACAGCUCUGAAACCAGUCAUUCAUCGGCAUCUAUUGCCUGGAUCUCUGAUGGUUUUCCUGUCUCUGUUAAUGGUACAACUCGUAAAAAUACCCCAGACCAGACAAGAGGUUUUUCUGUAAAUUACAGUCUUGAUCAAACCAUGAAUAAUGGUCCGGACCAAUUAGUAAUGGCUUCAGGAAACAUGGCGAUGGUCCAGUCGCGGAAAACAGUGCAGGCGAACAGGUUGUCUCGACUACACAGACAAAAAGGCUUCAGUGUUGAAAAUAUUCGUCGGGCAGCAUCGAGUCCAUCAGUAAAUUCGGACCACCAGCGAAAUAGCUCUAGCGAGUCACAAAACGAAGCUGCAUCUGGGCCGAGACGAGCAAAAUCGAAUCGCAAUGGACAUCCAGCAAAUGACGAGUCUUUUGACCGUCGAAAAUCAAUUGAUUCCGGGUCACUACGUAAACUAGCUGCUGAGUUACAAGCUAACCAGUCGCUUUCCGACGAUCUCCCAAUGAUAUCGAGGCUCUUAGGUGGGACUAAAUUCCAGGAAUUCGAUAAGCAAAACAAUCUAUACAGAUAUAAGUCCAGUGACUCCUUGCAUGGGAGGUUUUAGCUUACAUAAUUAUUCUUUCGAUUUGUCGAAAAUUUGUUUCAUUUAUCAUUUUAUCACAAUAAAAUAUUAUGCCAAACUGUUAAAUGCAUAUCUAUACAUAUAUUUUAUAUCCUAUAUGAAUUUAUAUAUAUUAUUAGUUUUAAUGGACUAUUUCUCAUACCCGACAAAUUAGAAUAAUUUAUGGUAACCUGGAAAUA